AUGAUAUCGACAAAGAUUCGCCGCUCGCUGCUGCCGUCAAUCUCACACCGCUUGUUCCACAACGAAACUCUUUACAACAAGGAGUUGAUCCAGUCUGCUGGCUUUAUUAACGGCAAGUGGAUCGAAGCGCAUUCAAACAAUCAUUUUGCUGUGAUCGACCCAUCUACUGACAAGGAGAUCGCACACGUUGCCAACAUGGGACGCGUCGAGACCAACGACGCCAUUGCAGCGGCAUUAAAGGCACAGAAAAAGUGGCGCAAGAUGACACCUGCAGCUCGCUCGGUAUUGCUCAAGAAAUGGCAUGCGGCCAUCGUAAACAAUACGGACGAUCUGGCCAUCAUCGCCUCUGUAGAGAGUGGGAAGCCAUUGCUUGAAGCCAAGGGUGAAGUGGCCUACGCCGCUAGCUUUAUUGACUUUUAUGCACACGAGAUCAUGCACUCAAACGGCUUUGUGUCGUCCCCAUCAUCGCCCGACCACAAGAUCUUUGCCAUAAAAGAACCUGUGGGUGUCUGUGGGAUUGUAACGCCGUGGAACUUUCCCCUUGCAAUGAUCACCCGGAAACUCGGUCCGUGUCUGGCUGCUGGAUGUACUGCAGUGGUAAAACCUGCUGCUGAGACGCCGCUGUCGGCCUUGGCUUUGGCCAAACUAGCGGCGGACGUCGGAAUCCCACCGGGUGUUAUCAAUAUAGUACCGUCCCAUAAGGACAAGGCAGCAGAGGUUGGUGAAGCUCUGACGAGUAGCCAUGACGUUCGCAAGAUUUCAUUUACGGGCUCUACCCGCAUUGGCAAGCUGCUGAUGGAGCAGUCAGCGGACACAGUGAAGCGUCUGUCCUUGGAACUCGGUGGUAACGCUCCGUUUAUUGUGUUUGAAGAUGCUAACCUUGACAAUGCCAUGGAUGGCUUGAUUGCCUCCAAGUUCCGCAACACGGGCCAGACAUGCGUGUGCAGCAACCGCAUCUUUAUUCACGCGAGUAUCUACGACGAGUUCGCAGCCAAGCUGGUGGAGCGUAUAAAGAAGCUCAAGAUGGGUCCGCCUCGCGAGGAAGGCGUGAAGCUUGGUCCACUGAUUGGACAUAACGCCUUUCUUAAGACGUCGGAGCUAGUGGAGGAUGCUAUCACGAAAGGUGCGACGGCUCUCGUUGGUGGCAAGAGCAGUGACAUCGGGCGCAACUUUUACGAGGCCACUGUACUGGCUGACGUGAACAAUACGAUGCGCGUCUGGAGCGAGGAGGUCUUUGGACCUGUUGUGCCGUUGUUCAAGUUCUCGACUGAAGAAGAGGUGAUCGAAAUGGCUAACGGAACAGACGCUGGUCUUGCCGGAUACUUUUUCUCGCAGAAUCAGUCUCGUACAUGGCGUGUUGCCGCUGCGUUGGAAUGCGGCAUGAUUGGUGUAAAUACAGGCAUGAUUUCAAACGCGCAAUCUCCGUUCGGUGGUGUCAAGCAGUCCGGACUGGGACGUGAAGGUUCGUUCAUGGGCCUGGAGGAAUACCAAGAAACGAAGAUGGUCUGUUUGGGUGGGCUGGAGCUAUAA